UCAUUCAAUACUUCUCCGGGGGACAUAUUCGUGAAGCUAACCCGUUAAAGAGAAGACAGAGUUUGAGGUCUGGUUUAAAGAACAAGGAGAUAAACAAAAAGAUCAUGAAGAUGGUUCCGGCAAUUGCGUUUGUUCUAUUUGUAUUUACCAGUGUUCCUGGAUGUUCAGCAAAUCCAUUAGUAACUCUUCCAGAAACGAAACUGGUAGCACACCUCAUGAAGAAUUAUAACCCGACCGUUCGACCUGUUGAAAAUUACGACGAUGUCGUAAUGGUCAACUUUUCUUUGGCUAUACAACAAAUCAUUGACCUGGAUGAAAAGAAUCAACUGCUGACUACGAGCAUUUACAUGACAUGUGCAUGGAAUGAUGUACAACUAAAAUGGGAUUCAAAAGAACAUGCGAACAUUACAUCUAUUAGAUUGCCUUCCAAAAUGGUUUGGAAGCCAGAUAUAUUAGUUUACAACAGUGCUGCAGAUUCAUUUGACCAAUUGAAGCACACCAACGUCAUCAUAUACGAAAAUGGUGUUGUUGAAUGGUUACCACCAGGAAUAUUCAAGACAACAUGUGAUGUUGACAUACAAAAUUUCCCUUUUGAUGAGCAAAGUUGUGAUAUCAAGUUUGGAGCAUGGACUCAUCAUGGAAAUUUGAUUGACUUGAAUCUCCUCUACGAUGGAUUAGCAGAUAAUUCGUCGUAUUACAACAGCAGUGAAUGGGAUUUUGUUAAUAUGACAGGCGUCCGCAGCAAAGUCAAAUACGAGUGCUGUCCAGAUCCAUUUGUUGAUGCAACAUUUACCGUCAGAAUGCGCCGAAGAUCUAUGUUUUACAUAAUAAACCUUAUUCUCCCCUGUGUGCUUGUGUGCUCUCUGACAAUUCUCAUAUUCAUAUUACCGGCAGACUCUGGUGAAAGAAUGACUUUGGGUAUCACCGUAUUACUAGCAAUGGUCGUGUUUUUACAAAUCGUAGCGGAUAACAUGCCACCUACCGGAGAAAUUCCUUUACUGGGAAGAUAUUUUCUCUUCAGUGUUAUAAUGGUAACACUGUCAGUUGUCACGAGUGUUUUAUCCAUGAACUUACACCAUACGAGUCCAGCUACAAGCGAGGGAAUGCCAGUUUGGAUCGAACUCGUGUUCUUAGAAUUUUUACCAAAAAUUUUACUGAUGAGAAUUCCACCUAAAACAAAAACGCAAAAUGACACAGUGGAAAAAGUGGGGAACGGGACUGAUGAACUCCCAUUGAUGAAGGUGGGCGAAAGGCUUGGUAGUUUUCAAAAUGAUUUUCAGCAAAACAAGGAUCCGAACACAGUGCUGGCGAUGCAGCUGAGGCAUUCGGAAAAACAAAUAACCAAAAUGUGUGGAGACUUGCAUGACAUUGUACAAAGCAUGAAAGACGAGGAAGAAGACGAUGUUGUCGCUGUAAAAUGGAGAUUUGCAGCCCGUGUUAUGGACAGAUUUUGUCUCGUCUUCUUUAUACUGUUCUUCCUAUUGUCAACUCUCUUUACUGUCGGAAUGCCUCCAGCGCACACAACCUAAAUAUUGAAUAAUUACAAGUGAAUGAGAAGCUCG